AUGUCCCUUCAAGUGGCACUUAGAGCAUAUGCCAUGUCUGCUGUACCCCUAGGUACAUCACCAAAUGUCCCAUAACCUAAUUAUACUUAUCAUGAAGCCCAGGAAAGAUUCCUAGUAGUGUUAGUUCAGCUAAAAGCUGUCACAAGUAUAAAGAUGCUAAACUGAAGUACCAUAAUGACCAGCUGUGAGGAGGAGGUUGUGCACAGGGAGAUUUUUAAUGUGCAAGACAGACACCCCCAUUUUCCUGUAACCAAAGCAGCUCUGAGCUAAACUUACUGUUUAAAUUCCAUAGACCAGAUGAAGAGGCUGCUGAUUGGCCAAGAUACUUCUAGAAGUGAAAAGUCUGUUUUAAUCUUUUUUUGUAGAUUGCAACACUAACUCAUUUGUGAACUACAAUUAAAGAUGCAAAAUAAAUACACCUAACAUAGCUGUAUGUUCUUUCCUCUAAAUAACAGAGAGUGACCUGUGCUCUUCCAUCACGUAAUGUGAGGUUGUUUCAGGCCAUGGAUCAAGGACCUCAUUGUAGAAAUUAACUUGUAUUUAUUUGUGGGAAUUUCACCAAAUGAACUAGGAGUCAUAUGAUGUACAUUUGUGGUGGACAAAUAACAGUUGUCACGUAAAUCAUUCUUGCAACUAACAAGUAUUUUAUUUUGUUCUCUUUAGACUCACAGCUGUAUUGUGGCCCAAGUCUAGAUUUUCCGUCAGUUUAUCUGCCUCUGGGAGAGGAAGAACAUGACUUUGUAGUAAACGUUACCGUUCUUGUUACAUCCAACUUUGGGCAUUCAGUCAACACAACUGUGAAAGCUAAGGUGAAGUAUUACUCUUUACUAAAAUGUGACAUCUGUAAAAUAAUUACACUGAUUUGAAGUGGUUAUGGUGCUUGGAUACAAUAUGUGCAGAGUUUCACUAUACAGGUGCAACUUCAACCUCAGCAGUCAUUGGGGCAUCAUUAGCUAGCCUGGAGCAGGAGUUCGAGGCUUGCUAUUGUCAGUUCUGCACAUGUUUGGUGUCUGAUGUAAGCACGCACAGCAUGCUAGUGACAGACAGCCAAUUGGGACACCCCUACUGCCUAUGUCCUCACCUCAAUCCACUGUCCCUGACAUCCACCCUGUUCCAGCACCGUCAAUAGAGGUGGAUCGGGCUGCUGGGAGAUCUUCACCUUAGUGCUGGAACGUAGGUGCAUUUGAGCUAUUUGGGUUAUGGAUCCCCUUGUUAAAAAAAAUAAAUAAAAAAAAUUAAAAGUUGCAGAAAGCACCUAAAUGUACCUAAUCUUGCACUGAGACAACCUCUCUCUGCUGCCUGAUCUAUCCACUUUGAGAACAUGAUUUGUGAUCCAAUGCUUUUCAUAAAAUCAGCCAUUAGAGGCAUGUGUCCCUAACAUUGCCGUAUCUCAGAAAACGCAACUUUGAACAUUAUCCAGAAAAAAGAGACCGCAUCUCUGCAUCAAAACCAAUACAUUAAAAGGACACUCUAAGAACCAUAAUCACAUCAUCUCAGUGAAAUAGUAUGGAUUACCUGUCUACUUUAAACAUGUGAAAUAUCAAAACAUAUCUCUUUUAUACCUUCCAGGUCAAACAUGAUGAGACAAACGCUAACAGACAAAUCCUGGCAUCAUAUGUGGCCGAGAAUUCACGUAACAUUUUGAAAAAGGGACCUACUGGUUCUUCAUUAAUCCAGCUAUAUAAAUCAGUAUCUUCUGUCCUAAAUCAGGAGAUGCCCGCAUUCAGACAAAAUUCGUCAUGGCAAAGAGACAACAAUAAAGAGGUUUGUCCAAUUUGCAGACAGAGAUCGCUAAGUUAUGUUUCUUUGUAGUUUAUUAAUUAUUGGUUUAAAUCUCUUUUUUUUUUUCAAUUUGACAAUUUUUAUUUUGUCAUAUUUAAGAGGGUAGGGGUACAGAAAGUAGAAAAAGGGGGGUGGGGGGGAAAGGUCCCCAUCAAAUUACAGUUAUACAGUAAUGCUUUUCAUUAGAUCGGUCAUUGACAUAACAAUCAUGGUAUUGCACUUGAACAUAAUUCCUUCAUAAUAAACAGGUCUUUGCGUUCAUGAAGUCCUUUAAGGGACAUCUCUGCCGUCAUCUAUUGUUGCGCUAACAUGGUUCCUGCAUCAUGUGGCGAUCCCUUGCCGUAGCGCUUAUACCUGUGUCAGGUUGUGCCGUGUGCAUGUGUAGCGUCUUCCCUCCUGCCUUAGUGGUUCCCCUACCUCUAGGCCGUUAAGAGCUGGUUUAGUGUCCCUUUGAGUGUUCCAGAGAACUUUGCGCCUCUAAGGGUACCCUGUCCCUUGUUCUGUUCCCUGCUCGGGAGCUGUAUGGCCCGUUUCUCUCUUGGGGGGGGGGAGUGGAAGGUUGGCUCGUUCAUUAGUCUGUGUCCCACUGUGCCUGUGAUGACGGGAGUGGUGUGCCCCUGUUGUCUACCUGUCGAAGAGGCAUUCUGGAGGGGGUAACUGGGAUAACAUACUAACUAACUCGUGUGUCUUCGUUGGUUUGGUUUAUGUUGUCUGUUCGGAUCUAUUUUGUCCUGUUCGUUGGCCCCUCGUCAGUUGCUAGGGUCUCUGCCUGCUGUGUACUUGGCCCAGAGUGUUUUCGCUGUGGCGUUUCUUUUACCCACUUUUGUUUGGCUCCACAUUAUUCCUUCAUAAUCUAAGGUUGUCGUAACCAUUGAUACUACCUCUGCUGGGGGUGGGAUUUUUGGGGUUUUCCAUUGUUUUGCUAGUGAGGUGGAGGCUGACGUUAGUAUUAGAAAUAUUAGUUUGGUGAUGCAUUGUGGCGUGCCUUUAGGUAGAAGUUGGAGUAGGAAUGUUUCUGCAUUGUGGUCUAGUAUGCACCCUGUGACCCCUUGAAUUAGUGCUGCUAUUUGUUUCCAGUAUGGCUGGACUAGUGCGCAUGUCCACCAGAUGUGGAGCAUAGUCCCUUCCUGUGUCUUGCAUCUCCAGCAUCUGUCACUUAUGUCUGGGUAUAUUUUCUUGAGCCGUGAAGGCACCAUGUACCAUUUAUAUAUUAAUUUGCGCGAGGUCUCGAUGUGGGAAGCACAGGUUGUGAGUCCCUUGUGGUUUGUGUGGAUGCAUUGCCAGUCGUCUUGUGUGAGAGACCUGCCUAUGUCCCUAUGCCAUUCUGUCUGGUAUCUCCACUCCGUCUCGGUUUCACUCUCAGUGAUUGACUUAUAGCACACAGACAGCGUCUUUUUAGUUGGGAUUUGGUGUAUGCACAUCUUUUCGAAAGUGGUUAGGGUGGUGGGGUGUGCAGGUGGGGGGCUUUGUCUUGUGGCUUUGCCUAUUAGUGCUUUCAUCUGCCAGUAUGAGAACGUGAGCUGUGGAGGUAUGUUGUAUGUGGCUAGUAUUUCUGGCAACUGGUGUAGUCCCUGCGGGGAGCUUAUCUGGUGCAAGUGUGUGAUACUGGAGGCCUUCCAUGUUCUGUAUGGGAAUGUGCUAUUGUAGAGAUUUAUUGAGUGUAGUGGCGUUGCCAUAGACCAUGGUUCUGCGGAGCAUAGUUUGGACCUUUGACUGUCCCAUAUGCGGUACAGAAGUUUAGUGGUGGGUAGGGCGUUUGGCGGUGUGCGGCGCAGUUGUUUGGGUAUCCACAGGGCCGCAGGGAGAUCCGUGACCCCGCUACAACUAGCCUCUAUCUCUAUCCAUUGGGGGGUGUAUGUAGUGGAGUGCAUGGCAAUAAUGUUGGCCGUUUGUGCAGCCUGGUGGUACGCCUUAAGAUUCGGGAGGCCCAGGCCUCCGUCGUCUAUUGGCUUCAUGAGCAACGUUCUUGGGACCCUGGGGUGUCUUCCUCCCCAGCUAAAUUUAAUCAGGCUAGAUUGGAGUCUGUGUAGAAAUGACUGCGGUAAGGGUAUUUGUAAAGAGCGGAGCGGUUUAAAUCUCUUUUAUAUUACUUUAUGGAAGUCAUGUAAACAGCAAUGUUAAACUGCUGUCUAAUAUUUUAAAGCGUGUUUUUUCACACCUCUUGCAGAGUUCCGGGCUCCUUGCUUUGUGUUUUCUCUGUGUACAUCUGCAGCUGCUGUUUGCUGCUUCUUGGUAUAUUCUCGGUAUUUUGUAAUCAUUGUGAUAUAAUAAUGCAUGUACAAGCGAUGGUGAUGUUCAUAAAUAAGGAUCUCCUAAAAAUAAAGAAAAUCAGAAGCAGCAAUCAUCAGAUGAAGAUAUUUCAUUAAAAAGAGCUCUGGUACACACCUCUAUGAAGGAUAAAAAGGAUGCUUUUAAAACCGUGGCCAGCAAAAUAAUAAAAUAAUUGGGGGACAGAUAAUUGUUCACCACCCUGCCAGGGACGUAUUAGCCACGAGGCAAACAAGGCAUUUGCCUUGGGUGGCAUUUUCCAGGGGGCGGCAAAAAAAGCCACCCCCAAAUGCCCAGGGCAAAUGUCUUGUUAGUCUUGUGGCGGCACUGGCGAGGGAGCACUUUCCCCUGAGCUCUCUGCUCAGCUCCCUUGCGCGCCGCAGAGUGAUGCCGGGAGCCGGAAUAUGAUGUCAUAUUCUGGCUCCCGGCAUCACUCUGCGGUGCACAAGGGAGCUGAGCAGAGAGCUUACUAAGCAGUGCUCCCUCGCCAGUGCCGCCCGCCCAGCAGCCCAGCAGCCCAGCAGCGCAGCAGCCACUGGACCCCAGGGAAAGGGAGAACCAACCCCCCCCCCAGCAUUCCCAAAGGUAAGGAGGCUGGGGUGGUUGAAUAAAAAAAAAAAAAAUGUGAGUGUGUUAAUGUAUGUUAGUGUGUGUUGGUGUGUGUGUGUCUGUUAGUGAGUGUGUGUGUCUGUUAGUGUGUGUGUUAGUGUAAGUUAGUGUGUGUGUUAGUGAGUUUGUGUGUCUGUUAGUGUGUGUGUGUUUGUGUGUGUGCGUUUGUGUGUGUGUUAGUGAGUGAGUGUGUGUCUGUUAGUGUGUGUGUGUUAGUGUGUGUUAGUGUGUUUGUGUCUGUGUUAGUGUGUGUGUCUGUGUGGGAGUGUGUGUCUGUUAGGGAGUGUGUCUGUUAGGGAGUGUUUUUCUAUGUAUGUGUCUGUUAGUGAGAGUGUAUUCGUGCCUGUUAGUGAAUGUGUGUGUCUGCCAGUGACUGUAUGUGUCUGUUAGUGAGUGUGUAUGUCUGUUAGCUAGUGUAUGCGUGUCUGUCAGUGAAUGUGUGUGUGUGUAUUUAGAAGGCAGGGCAUGGGUGAAGGGUGGGGUGGCACAAGGGGGAGGGGAUGCCUGAGUUUUGUCGUGUCUAGGGCAGCACAAAACCAGGAUACACCAUUGCACCCUGCCCCCACCUAUGGUCAGUGGGUGGGGGAGGGCUAGUGUCCUAUACAUGGGUGGCGGGUGGGGACUAUUAUCUUAAUAACCAGGGAGUACCUAAUGUCCACCCAUGAGUGGAGACUUAUUUAAUAAUCAAUGCUACUGUACACCCUCUCCCAGCCCUGGGAAUCGGGCGGGGGUAUUAAAUGUGAGAAGGGGGAUGGACAUGCAAUUGUCCACCCCCUAAAGUUAGGGCCAAUUCUCUUUCUCACCUGAUUGGAAAAGGGUUCCCUAAGCUAUUAGCCACCCCAAAUAAAAAUUGUUCCACUUAAACCCUUCACUCUAAUAAUAGUGAGGACAGGCAAUACAUUUAAUACAUGUAAGAGAAAAAAGUAUACUUGCCUUUAGAAGUAUUCUUUUCUUUAGCCACCAUGAAAAGGCCCAAAAAAGAUGGCUUGCCAUUGGGUCAUUACCCGCCAUGGUUGCUAUGUUUAUAGCCUCCUCCUGCCAUCUUACCCUGCCAUUUAAUGAGUAGCCUCCAACUGAGAACCAUGCCUCACCCACUGGCCAUGGUUGAAGACAGGUAGGUGGACAGUGAUCUAUCCACCACCCAUUUUGUCAUUUAAAGUCCACAUUUGAUGCCCAUGGGUGGUGGCACAGGGUUCCAAGUCCCCCUUGUUAUUUUAAAAUCCAGACCCAGAUUUGAAACACCCGGGCCCAGAUUUCAGCUAUCCGGCAGCUUUGGUUCGGCUUAAAUCUGAACCAAAUUCAGGCUUGUUCAGUACCUGCAUUGCAAAAUCCAGACCUUGUUAAAUGUCCCGUACAACAACGGGUGGUUUUGCCCCAUUCCGUAUGGUACAACGUGGACUUUAGUGAAAAAUCCUGUAAGUGUUAUCGGGUAUCACAUAAUGGUAUAGAACUUGUGCAGGAAACCUCCCAGAAUUAUUUAUGGCAUUAUAUUACAGGUGUAUAUCACCCCGCGGUCCCACCAUCCCACUGAAAAAAUACUUUUCAUUACCUUCUAUACUAGUAAAUGUCUUCCAGGCAUGUUCCCUUGCAUUCAGUAGAGUAAUGCAACCACAUAGAACAGUCAUAGAGUAUAUCAUUUAAUUAUGCCUAAAAACAUUUUUCAUGUUGUAGAAAAUGUCCAUGGGCUUUGGAUCUGGAUGAGAUAUUUUUGUUUUGUUUCGUAUUUAUUUUUAUGACAGAAAAAAUCAUUAUGCAAUAUGCGUAAACACGUAGUGUGUGUGUGAUACCCUUUUAUACAGCAGGGCUUAGCAUGUGGGUAUCAUCACUUCACUAGAUAAACAGAAUUUUAAAAAAAAUCGUUAAAUCAAAUAACAGAGGUCAAAGUUUUCACUCACACAACUUGACAAACACCCUGUUGUGUUUCCACACCACACGGGUACAUUGCCUUGUACUCGUGAUUUAAUAGAAUAAAAAUUAAUUUUGGAUAUCUUACCCAGUGUGUCGAGAUUCUAUAUAUUGAAUUUAUACUCGAACGGAUCAUUUCCAUAAGUCCUGAUGGAAAGGUCCUGUAGUGUAGAGGUUUCUUUCUAAAACAAGCAGGUUCAUAGCUUACAUUUAUACUGUGCUUAUCAACUGAAUAUUAUAGUCACAAUCAUAACAAUUCAUCAGAGAUAAAUUUUGAAGAGUACCCCCAUUACACUAAUCAAGAAGAUGGGCUAGUUCUAAAUAAUUGGCCAAGAGAGACAUUUAACUCAAAGUUGCAGCAAGAACAUCUUCUUAAAUCACUGUAACUCCUUUGUUUCUUUAGUUACGAGAGAUAAUGCUGACAACUCUGUCUGCUGUAAAUGUCACAUCUCUGCAAACCGCUCUUGAAAUGUCUGAGGUGCUGAAGGACCUUACUUGGAGGAGUGAAGAGCUCUCUGCAUCAGCUCAGGUGAGGACAAUAUCCAUAGAGUCAUACUCUGAAUUUCAGACAUGGUGUUGCCAUGUAUAACAAAGGGUAUGGAUGAACGAGAAGACACUGUGGUGGCCGAUAUCACCCUUAUACGCACCUUAUCAUGUCCACGCACAUUUCCCGUAUAAAUCUGUUUACAUCAUGUGUGUACUCAAAUUCACAUUUUUGUGUCUGGCUAUAUGUGUGUAAUAUGUAUGUAUGUGAAUAUGUAUGAUUGUGAAUUGUGACUACCUAUGUGUUAUGUUGAUAACUUCAAGGUCUAUUCCCAUCACUAAAGCCCCAUAAGCUAAUAAUCACCAAUAGGUGUUGAAUGACUCUCUCUGGAUCUGCUGCUAUAUUUUCUUGGACAAUAGACUGCUGAUGAUUUAGAAGGCCUGGUAGAUGCUGGAUCUGGACUAUGGACCAGUAUUGAUGGACUUACUCUCUACUUAAACUCUCAGAACCAAAAAGAAGGAAGGGGAAUCUGA